CGAGCACAGCAGUCUGUGGGCUUCAGGGUCCCUCCGGUGAGCUCAGGGUCAGGGCACAAAGAUGCUUCGGUUGGGCUACGCCAAGCCCGGGUCCUGGGCCAGCUUCUGGGCCAUCCUGACCUUGGUGGGUCUGGCCACUCGAGCAGCUCAGAGAGCCGAUGUUGGCGGGGAAUCCUCGGGCACCUCCAUCAACCACUCCCAGCUGCUGCUCCAACGGCUUCAAGAGCUACUGCGACAGGGUAAUGCCAGCGAUGUGGUCCUACGGGUGCAGGCCGCGGGCACUGACGAGGUGCGGGUCUUCCACGCUCACCGCCUGCUGUUGGGCUUGCACAGCGAGCUGCUCCGGGAGCUGCUGAGCAACCAGAGUGAGGCGGUGCUUCAGGAGCCCAGGGACUGUGCUGCCGUCUUUGACAAGUUCAUCAGGUACCUCUACUGCGGCGAGCUGACCGUGCUGCUGGCCCAGGCCAUCCCCCUGCACAGGCUGGCCACCAAGUACGGCGUGGCGUCCCUGCAGCGCGGCGUGGCCGACUACAUGCGCGCGCACCUGGCGGGCGGCGCGGGCCCGGCGGUGGGCUGGUACCACUACGCGGUGAGCACCGGGGACGAGGCGCUGCGCCAGAGCUGCCUGCAGUUCCUGGCCUGGAACCUGUCGGCCGUGGCGGGGAGCGCCGAGUGGGGCGCCGUGAGCCCCGAGCUGCUGGCGCAGCUGCUGCCGCGCUCGGACCUGGUGCUGCAGGACGAGCUGGAGCUGUUCCACGCGCUGGAGACGUGGCUGGGCCGCGCCCGGCCGCGCCUCGUGGUGACGCCGGCCAGCAGCGGCGGCGACGCGGCGGGCGUGAGCUUCCAGAAGACCGUGCUGGUGGGGGCGCGCCAGCAUGGCCGCCUGCUGGUGCGCCACGCCUACAGUUUCCACCAGAGCAGCGAGGAGGCGGGCGACUUCCUGGCGCACGCAGACCUGCAGCGCCGCAACUCUGAGUACCUGGUGGAGAAUGCCCUGCACCUGCACCUCAUCGUCAAGCCGGUCUACCACACCCUCAUCCGGACCCCCAAGUAGCUGAGCGGGCCGGGGGGAGCGGCGGGGCCGCCUCCGGCGCAGGGAAAUAGAGGACUGGCAUCGGUGGCCUUCAGGGUCUGGGAGGCGUGUGUCGAAUGGAAGGUGGUGCCUGCAUUGGUCCCAGGGGCGGCCAGGUGCUGGUGGCCUUGGAGCUGGGGUGGAGUCCAGGGGAAGGGUGGGAGAGCAGGUGCCUGGUUUCAGGAGUGGAUUUCACAGCUGCCUUGAAGGCAGGGCUCUUGGUUGAAUAAACCGAUGCUCAGCGAGCCGAGGGGAUGAUUGAACUACCCAGCUCCUGGGAAAAGCAGCCCGAGGAGGGUCCCACAGGUGUGGGGUUCCCCCAUCUUUCAUUAGGUUUUCCGGAAGGGCUCCUGCCCCCACAUGGAACAGGGCAGGUGAGGGCAACCAGAUGGGCCAGCCUGGGAAAUCGGGCCUCCAGGAUCCCUUCCUUGCUGGAGAUUUUUUCCCCCCAAGAAGCUUAGCUAGGCAAUUUCUCAGCCCAGACUUCCAGAGGGUACCUCCCUCCCCUCAACUGGGGUAGUUAAGUUUUGUGUGGUCUGGUCCACCCCAAGUCUCUGAUCUCUCAUGGGAAGGGCCCUGAGCAGGUGUGAAGGCUGGUGGGAUGGGGUAUAAAUGGACCUUGCUAGCCCCACUCUUCCUGGGAAGGGUCUAGAGUAAAACUCCUUUCAACCA